GAAAGUGAGCAAAUUUCUUUCUGCAGAACUCACGAAAACGGACGCUUUAAGUACGCGCGACUCGAAUAGGUGAGGAUCCUAAUAAGGUACUAUGGCUACAGGGUUAUUGCUGUCUGUGAUCCUGUCCGAUGUUCUUGACAACAGUCUCAAUAUAGCCGUGACAAACAGUAUUUUCAAUUGUGCGAUACGGUGUUACUCAAGUGGUUGUUCCUCUUUCUUCUAUAACAAAGCGACUCACCAGUGUGCCAUAUCACCGCACACAUAUCGCCAUGGAAACAUUGUGUUGGCAUCCAACACGGGAAUGAAGCUGUACUCUUGGAAUCUGGAUGGAUGUUCGUUAUCAGAUGGUUGGACUUACCACCCUCCCUCUAAUCUCUGCUACAAGCGCAGUGAUUACAAAGUAAACAUUACCAUGGCAGAGACCUUGUGUAGAGAAGCUGGAGCAAGACUUGCUGUCGUCGACACUGCCGAGAAGAACGACCAUCUCCUAACAUUACAUCUGAUUUCAGGUCAGGUGUCUUGGAUUGGGCUUCGUAAAGUUUCUGGAACGUGGAAAUGGAGCAACGGAGAAACACUUGGACCUUUCAUGGCCUGGAAAUCCCCUCAUCCAGUAAAUGGCAAGGAGUGUGGCGUUUUGUCAGGAUUUUUGCAAGGAUGGUCAUCAUUUAACUGUCUCACUGAUUCUGAUGUUAACUAUAUAUGUGAUAAACAGAUGAAAGAUGGCGUGAUGAAUUUAGGUGUGUAAGGUGGAAAACAAGACAUUAACGCAAUAUUAUAAGUUGUAUGCUUCUCUCGAGGGUAAUAUACGGCCUGAUGUACGCCUCUUUGUAGCAGUGUUACCCGAGCCGGUAGGCGAGAGGCAGACGCUGUUUGUUUACAUGCCAUGUAUUUGGUAGCGAUCUUCCAAAGAAAUAAAAUGUUAUUUUGUACAUGAAUGUAAAAAUAAAUACGUUGUAUGCUUCUACCUCGGGUAAUACGGUCUGAUGUACGCCUCUUUGUAGCAGUGUUACCCGAACUGGUAUCAUUUUAUUUAGAAGACCGCUACCGACUAUAUGUCAUGUAAACAAAAUGGCGUCUGCCUCUCGUUUGGAUUUUUAAAUUCAGUGAAACAUAUUCUGACAAGCUUAAAACUGCUAUAACAAUUGUUAAUGAUGUUUAAGUUGAGCGUGCAAACGAUUCAAUGUAUAAAAUAAUUCAAAUAAAGUAGUGAAAGUCGGUGAAAUAAAUGGCUACAUAGUGAACUCAAAAACAGCUAAUCGAACGGUUUUCAAACUCCAGGCACUGCAUGCGUCAUAUUAUGA